ACACACACACACACAGGUGAAGCCACAGAUAUUCUCAGUCUGCUUCACUACAUGAGAUUGUGUGAGAACGAGAGGAAACAUGGAACAAACCCUUUCUAAGACUCAUGUUAAAACAGCAGUUCAACAGAGUGAACAUGACGCCGCUAAACGUGUGUGUGGAGGCCCGUGUGAUGACACACUGAACACAUCAACAUCUCUGUGUGCUCAAGAGUCACACACACACACACACACACAGUGAGAGAGAGAGAGAGGAAGAGCGCGCGAGCUGAUGCAGCGAGAGCAGGACAGACGCUUCGAAGGGAAGCAGAAACAUCAGACGCUUGAGGAGGAAUCAAAAGAGGAUCUGACCGAAACCAAACCCUGUGUGUUCCCUCUGAACGGAUGAAUGUGCAGCGGUUUGAGACACUGAAGGAAUUAACCUGCAAAACUAGCUGAAGCCUCCGUGAUCUUCCCCUUGAUCCCUAACAAGAAGAUCACAAUGAGCAGCAUCACCUUCACCAACCACAGCUCCACCAACCGCUCGUGUCCUCUGGAGGAGGAGACCCUGCGCCUCCCGCUGGCCGUGCUCUACUCGCUCAUCUUUCUGUUCGGUCUGGCAGGAAACCUGCUGGCGCUGUGGGUCUUCCUCUUCCUGCACUCGCGCAGAAACUCUGUGCGUGUGUUCCUGAUCAACAUGGCGCUGGCGGACCUGGUGCUGCUGGCGUGUCUUCCCUUCCGUGUGCUGUACCACGCUCAGGGGAACGUGUGGUCUCUGGGGCCGCACAUGUGUAAGGCGGUGGGUAACCUGUUCUACAUGAACAUGUACGUCAGCAUCACCCUGAUGGGUCUGAUCAGUCUGGACCGCUAUCUGAAGAUCAUCGGUGUGAAGGGCUCUCAGAGGGGCUGUGGUCAGCGCUGGCUCCGGGGCAGUCGCUGGAGUCUGGUGACCUGUGUUCUGCUGUGGAGCGGCUCUCUGGUGAUGGUGGUGCCUAUGAUCGCGCUGGUGGAGAGAAACGAGGAGACGGGGAAGUGUUUCCAGUACAAGCAGAGAAAGCACGCUACAGGCAAAGCCUACUUCAAUCUGUUCCUGGUGGCGGUGUUCUGGCUGGUGUUCGUGGUGCUGUUGGUGUCAUACGGACGGAUCGCACGCAGACUGCUGCACGCCUCACGGGACAAACCGGACCUGCCCAACGCCACACGCUACGCUCGCACCGCUAAGAAGUCCUUCGUGGUGCUGCUCCUCUUCACCAUCUGCUUCGUGCCGUAUCACUCCUUCAGGGGCUUCUAUGUUUGGUCUCAGCUCCGUGACGUCAGCUGUGAGACGCAGCGGAUCAUGGAUCUCACCAACGAGGUCAUGCUUCUGUUCUCGGCCCUCAACAGCUGCCUGGACCCCGUCAUGUACUUCAUGCUCUCGGGCUCGGUGCGCAAGGCCACCGCUCAGGCUUUAUCACAGUUCCUACACCUGCACCAGGAGCCCGUGAUGACCAACAGCUCCACCACAGAGUUCAGGAGGACGUCUGUGUCCCACGCCUCCACCGCUGCGGUGCUGACCACGUCCAGGGGCAAUCUGGGACUGAUCCGCUCUAAACCCGGCUUCAGCGCUGACGGAGAGUCCUGUCAAACUGAUCGAGCAGCACCGUGAGACCAAACGGUUUCACACACACACACACACACACACACACACACUCGAAUGGGAAAUGACUCACUGGUGUGAAACAAUGACUAGCUCAAACUCUGCACAGGAAAGUUCUUGAGACAUCACUUCGGACAGAAUUCGAGAGAUGUACAGCUGGAUUAACACACAUCUGCUCUGAGACUCGAGAUCGGACAGACACAAGUGUCACUGAAAUCUCAUUAAAGUUCAACAGAUGAAGCCUGAGUGGAUGAAGGAUGUCUCCUGCUGGAGGAAGAGAGAUACUGCACCUCCUCUGACUCCUGUCAUCAUUUUACAGUCGCU